GCGGUUUUAACUUUUAAGUCUUCAAUACAACCAUUUUCUUGCAUUUCUUCUUCCCCUCCACCGACUAUAAAACCAAAAUUUCCAAAACCCAAAAUUUUCUCAAUUUUCAUCCAAUCAGACCCUGAAACAGUGAUUCAGGGUUCUAAGAAAUUAGAUAAGAGGUACAUCUCAUUUGCAGAAAAAGAAGAUAAAAGGUUUCAAUUUUUUGUUUUUCGAAAAUGCUUCCUCAACAAAGUUCUCAAUCCGAGUCAAAUCGGUCAUCUCCUCACAAAAUCGAACCCUCAUCACCGAGAUUUCUGUCUGCAACAAAUACUCCACCUAUAGCUGGAGCUCAACGUAAGAUAGCAAUAGCUGUUGAUUUGAGUGAUGAAAGUGCUUAUGCAGUGAAAUGGGCUGUACAGAAUUACCUCCGACCUGGUGAUGUUGUAAUUCUUCUUCAUGUCAGACCAACUGGUGUUCUUUAUGGAGCUGAUUGGGGUUCAAUUGAUUUAAGUGUUGAAACAGAUGAAGAAUCUCAACAAAAACUUGAAGAUGAUUUCGAUGCUUUCACAACAACCAAGUCAACUGAUCUUGCUCAGCCAUUAGUUGAAUCGCAAAUUCCAUUUAAGAUUCAUAUUGUGAAAGAUCAUGAUAUGAAGGAAAGACUUUGUUUAGAAGUUGAAAGGUUAGGGUUAAGUGCUGUUAUUAUGGGUAGUCGAGGGUUUGGUGCAUCUAAGAGGAAUAAGAAAGGCAGACUUGGAAGUGUUAGUGAUUAUUGUGUUCAUCACUGUGUUUGUCCAGUUGUUGUUGUUAGACUUCCAGAGGAUAAAGAUGAUGCUGCUGAUGAGGAGAAAGAAAAAGAGGGAGAUCUUCAUACAGUUCCAGAGGAGGAUGCGGAGAGUCAUGAUGCCUCCGUUGAAAAGAAAGAUGCAUAAGAAGUCCGUGUGUUCGUGGUGGGGUCCUCAUGAAUCCAGAGUUUGAGAAACAUGCUCGAGUUGAAGACCAGGAGAAGUUUUAGAGAACUGAGAAGGUUUCGUGCUGGUUGCUGGGACUCACGCCAUGUAAAUUUGAAGGCUGCAAUGUUGUUAACUCUUUCUCUUUCUUUCUCCAUCUGAUCUAUUUAUAGUUUUGUUGUCUGUAUGUUGCACAUAAGAAUAGUGGAUACUUGAUGGAUGGUAUUCAUCUGGUGGCUUAGGACGGUUGUUGAUGUAGGUUCUUCAAAAGGAUUCUACUGCUUUUCUUUGUGAAAUAUAUGUUCUGUUGUUAGAUGUA